AUGCCCAGCGCCUUUGUUUCUAAUUGGGAAAUCAAAUCUCCGCGCAUUUAUCGCGAACGGCAUGCUGUUCUGAACCUGCAGACGGUGGCUGUGGAUGCGAGCGCUGAGAGCACACGUGUGACUACACGAGAUCUGGCUGUUAACACUGCCCUUGUGGCCCUGGCCAGAGGAGAGCUGAUGCACACGGGGCAGCAGGAAGACCACGCUGUGCUUGCACGCAGGGGUGCGAAUCCGGGCGGGCCCCUCGCACCUGAGCGGGAACUGGCCCACCUCUCCCCUGACAAGAUGCCCACCUGCCCCCUGCGCAAUGCGUUUUCCACACCUUGUGUCCAUGAAAAAAGGGUCUGGCUACGUAGCUCGAGCUGGCCGGGAGAUCGCGGCAUCCUCCUGCCUCGGCCUCCCGAGCGCGGGGAUGACGGGCGUGCGGCACUGACACCAGGGCCACUACGCCGCGGGGCCGGACCCGGGUGCGGAGCUGGUCGGCUUGCUUCUGGAGUAUCCCCGAACGCAGCCUCUCGGAGGGGCCCCGGGCAGGCGCGCGACGCCCGCGUGUGGCGGCUCCACGCGGCCCUUGGCCGAGCCCAGCGCGGCGC